UCCAUAACGUUUAGGUCAAAUUUGCAUAAUUGGUCUAGAACGUUAUUUCAAACUUAUUUUGUCGAAUAUUGGCCAUCUCCUGAUAGAGACACAUGAAUACAAUUUUUUUGAAAGUAAGUGUCAGGUGAAAUGUUUGUAACCACAAUAGAAUACAAUUAAUAAUGAAGGUCGAAUUUUGUUACCAAAAUCUCUUCAACUGCUUGAACAAAAGUUGUCUCCCAAAGUCACGUGGCAAGUCUUUCAGCCAAUGACAUUGUUCAAAUCUUACCCUCAAGAUUUGAAGUUUAUUGUGAGCCAGCGAAGAAUGCAGUUUGUAAGACCCAAGUUGAACCCUUUAAAUCAAAACGGUAUUUCGCCUAUGAAGGUUAAACUGUGAAAUUUAAACUCUGGAAUGGAGGGCAAAGUGAUUGGGCCGGGUCCCUACAGGGCAACGAAACUGUGGAAUGAAACCAUAAAGCUCUUCCGUGGGGGCAUGCCAUUGAGAAGACACUGGGCACACUUCCGUAUCUAUGACACCAGCUUCACAGGCUCCGAGGCCAUUGAUUGGCUGCAUGAGAUGCUGCGGCGUAACCAUAACUUUGGGCCAACGGUGACUCGAUACCAGACCCUACAGCUUCUGAGAAAGUUCCUGAAGAAUCACAUUAUCGAAGACAUCAAGGGCCGCUAUAGGAAUGAAGACUUUAAGGACUGUGGCCUACUCUACAGAUUCCCUCCAUUAUCGCCCCUGAAACCUGUGCCCCAGAGACUCCCAGUGACAGAGCUCAAUGACGUGCCCCGGCUGAUCCACUGGGAUGAUUAUGAGGAGCUGCCUCAGCAAGAGAACCUACUCAGAAAGCCUCAAGCGCUGAACUCUGAGUCCUGGAACAAGAGGCACAGCAUUGCCAUUGGGGAAGUGCCCAAGUGCAAACUCAUACGCAGGAGAGAAAUCACACCUAAACAAAUGGACCAUAUCUGGAAGUCAAUGACUAUAGCACAUUUGCAGAGAGUGCUGGGUUUGAAGUCAAUGGACGGAGUGCUGGACGGAAGAUAUGUAAAUGCCAAGCACAUCAAUCACAAUGUGUCCAGUGUCAACCUGACGGGAAUAGUCAUCCUGAAAAACAAAGCAGACGACAUGCCCUAUUGGGUUCUGUCAGCAAUGAAAUGCCUUGCCAACUGGCAGAAUGAGGGUGAGACUAAACAGCCCAUGUACCCGGGCUUCGAGAGAGAUGUCUUGAAGACCGUGGCCGAGUACUUCCAGAGACUAAAGGAGCCACUGUUGACCUUUCACCUCUACGAAGUUUUUGUCAACAUACUCAGCCUGCUUCAGCAGCAUGAGAUGGCGUUGGAUGCUCUCCAGGUGUGUUGCCUUCUACUGCCCCCGGAAAACCGGCGCAGGCUCCAGCUGCUGCUCCGCCUUAUGGCCAGGAUAUGCCAAAACCCUGCCUUGCCACACCUCAAUGACACCAUCGCCACACCCACCCUGAUGGUGCAAACUUUUUCACGCUCCAUUUUGCGCUCCGCUGAUGAGGUGGACCUGGACGAGCUGCUGGCCACCAAGCUCGUCACCUUCAUGAUGGAGAACCAUGAGGAUGUACUCUGCGUCCCCCGCAGCCUGCAUCGCCACGUGGAGGAGCACCUCUCUCACCUCCGCAGGGUUCAGAUAAAGUACCUGGGUGCGGAUGCAGACUCCUCCAUGGUGUCCCCAGCCUACUGUAGGCAAAUCAGCAGGGCGGAGUUUGAGGAACAGAGGGUCUCAGGCUCCCAGGGGCCCCUGCAAGAGCUACUGGAGGGGCUCAUUGCUGACCGAGGGCUCUCAGCUAAGGACAAGAGAAAGAGACUCAAACAGGACCUCUCAAGCUCCAUCAGGUUUCGUUUUGAUGGGGAGCGUCGGCGCACAGCCCUUUUCAGAUCAGUUCAAUCAGGUUCAAGCCUGGGCUUUGGCUGGGCCACUCAAGGACAUUCACAGAAUUGUCCCGAAGCCACUCCUUUGUUAUCUUGGCUGUGUGUUUAGGGUCGAUGUCCUGUUGGAAGAUGAACCUUCACCCCAGUCUGAGGUCCAGAGCGCUCUUCAUCAAGGAUGUCUCUGUACAUUGCUGCAUUCAUCUUUCCCUCAAUCCUGACUAGUCUACCAGUUCCUGCACCUGAAAAACAUCCCCACAGCAUGAUGCUGCCACCACCAUGCUUCACUGUAGGGAUGGUAUUGGCCAGGUGAUGAGCGGGGCCUGGUUUCCUCCAGACAUGACGCUUUGCAUUCAGGCCAAAGAGUUCAAUCUUUGUUUCAUCAGACCAGAGAAUUUUGUUUCUCCAGGUGGGCUGUCAUGUGCUUUUUACUGAGGAGUGUCUUCCGUCUGGCCACUCUAUCAUACAGGCCCGAUUGAUGGAGUGCUGCAGAGAUGGUUGUCCUUGUGGAAGGUUCUUCUAUCUUCACAGAGCAACGCUGGAGCUCUGUCAGAGUAACCACCGGGUUCUUGGUCACCUCCCUGACUAAGCCCCUUCUUCCCCGAUCGCUCAGUUUGGCCAGGCUGCCAACUCUAAGAAGAGUCCUAGUGGUUUUCUGAGGUCUACAGACAAUUCCUUGGACUUCAUGGUGUAGUGGGUCAUGCUCGUUUAAGAUUAGCAAUACUUAAUUUAUAAUAAAGUAUCUAGUUCUGGGGGGCAACACCUCAUAAUUGGUAUAACGGGACUCAGGAAACCUUAUUUAAUAAUAUUUAAUAAUGGCCUUCGCUAUAAUGUCUAUAAUCUUACGUAAUGAAUUUUAUGAAAGUAGAGCAGAUCAGAUAACGGGAGGGAUAACGCGAAUAUUAUACACAAUGAUUCAUUUAAGAAAAUGUAAUUAUAAUGAACAAAUACCAGAGAAGUUAUGGGUUAGUUGAGAGAGAGUUUAGUUGAACAGUGCAGUAGGCCUAGUCUAUACUAUAAUGAGAGCGGAAUACACAAUGGCGUGUGGAGAGCGCAUGGGGAGGGGAAGGGAGAGAGAGAUAGGCCUAUUUAGAACAAUGGUGGACAGUCUAUGGUCACUAAUCCUAACGAAAGUUAGGUUAAAUC